CUUCCCCUUGCCGCCAUGCCACGUCCCCCGAUCUGUUGGCGCGGCUUGCUUUAAAACGCGCCAUCCCCCCUCUCGCUCCAUCAUCAUGAGAGGGGCUGCGCAAUUCCAAACAACCCCAGCGCUGAGCGCCGGCAACCAUGCAAUCCGUGCACUGCUUAUUGGCGUCGGGAAAGCUCUCCCGGUCCAUCAUCAUCGUGGCCCUCUUUCUCGCUUGUCUCCCUCCCUUGAUCGUGUACAAGUUUUGGAACCCAAGCGAGCGUUGGGGCUUCAGCAACCCGUUACCCCAGUGGCGGCCAGCCCAAUCGCAUCCUUCAACGAUACCGAGAAAGUUGUGGUAUAAACUGGGGCCGAAGGGCCUGAACGACGAGACGCGAGCAUGGACCGAUAGCUGCAUCAAGAACAAUACCGACUACGAGGUUGAGUUCAUGACGGAGUCCUCGGGCGACAGUUAUGUCCGGAACAAAUUUGGGGCGACUGAUCCCGACCUCGUCGAGAUGUAUCUCGGCUUGACGGUCCCCAUUUUCAAGGCCGACAUUCUUCGAUACCUUCUUCUCUUCUCCGAAGGAGGCGUCUACUGCGACCUGGAUGUCUCGUGCGAGGUGCCGAUCAAUGAAUGGAUACCGCGGCAGUACGAAGGCAACGCCAGCGUCGUGGUAGGCUGGGAGUUUGAUGUCGGCUGGCCCGGCAACUUCAUCCGGCAAUUCACGACAUGGUCCAUCAUGGCCAAGCCGGGGUCGCCGCAUAUGUGGAUGGUGGUCCAAGAUAUCCUGCAGUCAUUUCGAGACAAAAUGGAGGAGGAGAACGUGACGAUCGAGGGGCUGACGCUUGAGAUACUCGGGGAUGUGGUUGAUGUGACUGGCCCAAGGCGGUUCACACGGAGCAUCUUGAAGAGCGUGGAAGCGGCGUAUAACACGACGCUUCAGGACAUGCAGGAGCUGCUGGAGCCAAAACUGGCUGGAGACGUGCUGGUCCUCCCGGGCUACGCGUUUGCGGCAUCGGCAAAUACUUACGACGAGGCCAUGGAUGUGCCUCCUCCUCUGCUCAAGCAUCACUACGCCGGCACUUGGAAGAAUGAGAAAGGCGGGGAGACGGUUUGAUAGUUGUUGGUUUGUUGGUUUCGGAACUGGAGUCGGAGUUUUGGACUGUCGGUCCGUUAACGUGUUGUAAUUAAUCGAUGAUACCCCCCCAAUAUUACCGAGUUCAACUUUUGCCCUCUUCU